AUGGAUAUUAUAAUAAGAGUUAAUAACCAAUCUGUGGGAAGAGACAAAUUAGCCAGGUUGGUCCAAUACACUAGUCGUCUGGUUUGGCAUCAACUUGAAACAAGAAAUGCGAAUAAAUAUUCCGUGGACAGAGUUAAAAGUUUAGAAAAUACUUUAAGCACUUUUAGAAAAGUCCUAAGAUUGGGAAGAUGUAUAGACAUUUUCUAUACAGCAUUGAAUAACAUACACAUUGAAGAUCCUUUCCUAAGAUUUACUGUAACAACAAGUAAAUUAGCACAUGCUCUGUAUCUGUAUGCAGACCACAUAGUGUGGCUAUCUAAAAGUGGAUUCUUAAAAUCAGAUUCAGAUGGUUGGAGUCAAACUGCCAACAGAUUUUGGCUAUUAUCAAUAAUUGCCAAUCUAGCUAGAGACUUCUAUGAAAUAUUACAUGUGCUGGAUCUAAAUAAAUCUAUGUUUCUAAAUCCAACUGAAUUAAUUAAUGUACAUGUGAGACAAUUUGAUUUAAAUUCGAGUUUUAAACAUCUUUAUGCAAUUUUAAGUUGUCAUAAAGACAUAUUUAUAGAUACUGUGAAAAAUUCUUGUGAUUUAUUCAUUCCUUUGACUGCUUUAGGGUACACGAAGUUAAGCCCUAGUGCAGUGGGAGCUUUAGGAGCUUUUUCAUCUUUAGCUGCUUUAAUUACUUUAAUUAAACCUAUCACAAAACUAGUUCCUGCUUAA